AUGGACACGUGGAACACCUGCGGGAGAGCAGGGGUGGGGUCACCCAGAGCGGUAGAGCCGAGCGGGGGAUACCCCAGGAGAUGGGGGUCGAGGAAAGUCCCCAGGGAGGAGAGAGAGAGGGAGGUUCACCCCCCUCAUCCCGGACCCGCCCCCCAAAAGGUGCAAGCAGUUUUAUCAGAGGCAGGGAAGUGUGGCAACCAUGAAGUGACAUGGUUAUAAUAUAACUUAUCCUCUCAUGCUUUUUCCCUGCCCCUUCUCCCCAAAUCAUCAACAGUAGAAAAAAGAAGAAGAAAACAUGUCAGGACACAAAUGCAGUUAUCCCUGGGACUUACAGGAUCGAUAUACUCAAGAUAAGUCUGUAGUAAAUAAGAUGCAGCAGAAGUAUUGGGAAACGAAGCAAGCCUUUAUUAAAGCCACAGGGAAGAAAGAAGAUGAGCAUGUUGUUGCCUCUGAUGCAGACCUGGAUGCCAAGCUAGAGCUGUUUCACUCGAUUCAGAGAACCUGUUUGGACUUGUCUAAAGCAAUUGUACUCUAUCAAAAGAGAAUAUGUUUCUUGUCUCAAGAAGAAAACGAACUGGGAAAAUUUCUCCGAUCCCAAGGCUUCCAAGACAAAACCAGAGCAGGAAAGAUGAUGCAAGCAACGGGAAAGGCCCUCUGCUUUUCUUCCCAGCAAAGGUUGGCCUUGCGAAAUCCAUUGUGUCGAUUUCACCAAGAAGUGGAGACUUUUCGGCACCGGGCCAUCUCCGACACUUGGCUGACGGUGAAUCGCAUGGAGCAGUGCCGGACUGAAUACAGAGGGGCAUUAUUAUGGAUGAAGGAUGUGUCACAGGAGCUUGAUCCAGACCUCUACAAGCAAAUGGAGAAGUUCAGGAAGGUACAAACACAAGUACGCCUUGCCAAAAAAAGCUUUGACAAAUUGAAGAUGGAUGUGUGUCAAAAAGUGGAUCUUCUUGGAGCAAGCAGAUGCAAUCUGUUGUCUCAUAUGCUAGCAACAUACCAGACCACUCUGCUUCAUUUUUGGGAGAAAACUUCUCACACUAUGGCAGCCAUCCAUGAGAGCUUCAAAGGUUACCAACCAUAUGAAUUCACUACGUUAAAGAGCUUACAAGACCCUAUGAAAAAGCUGAUUGAGAAAGAAGAAAGGAAGAAGGUCACCCAGCAGGAAAGUUCAGAAGCCACGGUGGAGGAGCCGAGUCAGUUAAUUUCAUUAGAGGAUGAAAACCAACGCAAGGAAUCCUCUAGUUUUAAGACUGAAGAUGGAAAAAGCAUUUUAACUGCCUUAGACAAAAGCUCUACACAUAAUGCAUGCUCAGAUGAACUAUUAGGCAUGAAACCCGAGGAAGGUGCUUGCCUGGGCCCAGUGGCGGGGACCCUAGAACCCGAGGGUGCUGACAAAGAUGACCUGCUUCUGUUGAGUGAGAUCUUCAAUGCUUCCUCCCUGGACGAGGGUGAGUUCAGCAAAGAGUGGGCUGCCGUGUUUGGAGACGGCCGGCCGAAGGAGCCAGUGCCCACUGUGGCCGCCGGAGAGCCAGACCCCAGACCCCAGGCAGGCUCAGGAUUCCUUCCUUCACAGCUUUUAGACCAAAACAUGAAAGACUUACAGGCCUCACUCCAAGGCUGGUCAGAGAACAAUGUCAAUCCUCCUCCUACUCCAUGGCCAGCACCACAGGCAAGCAGUCCAAAUGACAACAGCCCUGCAAUGAAAGAACCUGCCAAGGCUGCCUCCUCGGACCUGACUGCCUGGUUCAGCCUCUUUGCUGACCUCGACCCACUGUCAAAUCCUGAUGCUAUUGGGAAAACCGAUAAAGAACAUGAAUUGCUCAAUGCAUGAGUCUGCAGCCUCUCGGAGGGAGCCCUCGUGCCACUCCUCGGCCACACACCUGGGGACACGCAGACGUAUGAAGUGAUCAGUAUGCUGUUUUCAUAUUUACGUGCCAUUUUAAUAAAAUGAAAGGGUCAGAGGCCCUGUUUAUAUUGGUAUAAUUAUUUACUCUUAUUUGGUAUAAAGGGUUUGAAUGUAUUCUCUAUGUGGAUCUAACAAUACACGAUUGUCUAGGAGCAAUUUUCCGGCUGGCCGCUCUCCUGCUGACGUCCACAUUAUGGCUGCUGAUGUGUCACUGGGCUACUGUGAGAUCCAAGUUCAAAUCAUCAACCUAUUCUGUGUUAGGUUGCAGUAACGAGUCCUGUAGCCUAAGAGGCGGCGGGAGGCUAGCAAAGCUUAAAUGCCUCCUCAUGUACUCCCUGCCUUUGUUGCCCACAUAAGGGGGCUGCAGGAAGACUUCCCCUUCUUGCCAAGCCACCUUCCAAUGAGCUCUGGAUGAAGCCCCAGCCAACCAAAGACACUGUCCCUCAGCCCUUGUGUGGUGGGGUGUGUGUUCUCACAUGGGCUGAGGAGCUGGGCUGGUCUCACUGCACGAACCUUUCUUAUGGAAAGCAGCCAUAUCUGCAGAUGCCAGUGUCUCCUCUUGUCUUCUCUGUGGCUGGAAUUCAAAAGCAUGUAUUUCUGGAGUCCUUUGUGAUAUUAACUGUUUUUUUUUUUUUUUUUAAUUAAAUGGCAGAGAUAUUUGACAUGCAAAAACACAUUAAGAGAGUCUGUUGUGGGGACUCAGUGGGGAGGUACCAUGGACAUUGAGGCUGGAGAGGGACAGAUGAGGAGAACAAAGACGAGCCCCAACUGCAUGAAACUACUGACGAGAUCCCAUGCAUCCCCCAUACAGUGCAGGAGAGGAAGGCAUAGACUUGGGGAGAGAUAGGAGCAAGUUUUGCAUGUGGGCAUGUAAGUGGUUCAGACACUUCACGGGUGUUGAGUCCCCAGGGCUGGCACCUCUCCUCCCCUCCCUGUGUCACCUGUGGUAUGCUGAGAGGCCACACACCCCUGUCAGUGAGCCAGUGGCCCUGAGAGGAGUAGCGUUGAUGAUUAUCCUGGAAUUGGUCCUCUCUCCCCAGCUGGGCUCUGCUGCAUUCUUGUAGCCUCAGUCUCUGGCUUUGGAAGGGUCUCCUUUGGCCACUUCCCCCAACACAGGAAUGCGGCUUCUUGGCUCUGCAGUGUGCCCUCAGGGAAGGACCUGGUCCAGCAGUAGCCACUGUCCUCUGCAAGAUGGCCCUGGGGGACUGGAAGGCAUCUUCCUCCUCCUCCUCCUCCUCCACUGCUCAAGAAGAGACCUGAAGGCGAAAGGGGGCCGGGACUCAGCGUGUUCUGUGGCUGGAGCAGCUCUGCUCAUGUCUUGGCCGGCAUAAACUGUCCACAGAGUCUCAUUUGUAAGAAUCUCAUUUGGUGACUUUUCAGCCUGGCAUGCAUGGUCUUUGAGGAUACAGGGAUACAGCCCUAGGCCCUCCCCUCUCCGCUCCACACAGCCUCCCCGCCUCAUCCCACACAUACACAGAAAAGCUUGCUGCACCAGAAGCCCUCCCUCUCCAUGCUGGGCCUGUGCAUUUGCUGCACACUCCCCCUGGGAUGCCCCUGUCCCCUUACCCCUGGCUGCCAUCACACCCCUACCCGCCCCUCAGAUCGCACUUCCUUCAAGCAUAGCCCACAGUUUUCCUAGGAGGAACCACCCCUCAUCUCCUGCCUGCCCUUCCCCCGUUUCAUGAUAAGCACACCCUUGGUGCUCUGCCUGGCCCCUGAGGCCUAUUCGUAGGCAUCUCCCUCUGCCCCAAGGUGUUGCAACCCCAGAGAAGAGGGUUCCUGUUUCCCCAAAUCUUCUGUGUCUCCCUAGUAAUAAGCACCCUGGAGUCACCUUGUGAGCACGGGAUUAAUGAUUCCUGAGUGGAGCUGCCCUGUGUGGAACGUAGAUUAAGGACUCGUUUCCUCCUGGGUCACGUGUGUUCGCAGCCAUGAGAGCCCCACAGCAACUGCAGUAAGGAGACGAAGCAGAGAAGCAGGAGGGUAGACUUGCUCCAUCCAGGCUGGAGGCUCAGGGAACUAGCUUGCUGGGUACUGGGUGGGGGUGAAGGGGUGUGGGGUUCUUCUCAGUUGAAUGGAUCAUUUUAGUUGCAUUUUAAAGUUGAUCUGUGGGUGAAGGGCAGAGGAUGAUUGUUGUAGUUGAACAGGCUUCGCUACAAGUGAAAGGACAGAAUUGCACAUGGAGGCAUUUUCUCUCUGAAUUUUCUUUACAUUUUUGUUAAAAAAAAAAAAAAAAAAGAUUCAAUUCCCAUUCCCAUCUGCAAUCCACUUGGCCAGGCCCUUGAUCCCUCUUGAUAGGCGUGUUUUGAUCCUGGCUCGCACAAAGCCCCCUCGGCCACCUCUCUAGUUUAAGGAGAAGCAGCUGCUGGCUUAUUCUCUUUUAAGCGGCCUGUGUGCCGCCCAGCCAGGGGGCUUCCUUGGGGGCCCACCUCGAGGCCCCUCGCCAGCCGCCUGUGGAAGGACUGUCUCUGGUGUGAAGAAGACAAAGGUGCCCCACCCCCUUCACGCCCUGUCUCACUUCUCCCUCAUUUUCAUUCCUUGUCUCCAGGCCAGUCUGAACCACAAUUGCACUGGAACCCUCAGGGAAAUUCAGAAAGCACCUGCUCCUUGAAAACUUUCCUGUAGUUUUAGGUGGUCUGCAAGUGCCCCUUCCCUUCUCGAGCUGCCCCAGCCAAUAUAUAAAGAAUAUUCAAAUGUAAGGGAGGGAGCCAGAAACAUUUCUCUUUCCUCUUUUCUUUUUCUCCCAGCUGGCAUGGGCUUUGGUGCACUUUAUAGAUUCCUUGCCUUCAAAAUGUAAUUUUAGAAAUGUCAGGUUGAUUUUGAGCUGUGUGAGAGUGAGAAAAGCAUCCGUCAGCUUCAGAAUUAGAAAGGCACCAACUUAGAACUUUUUGUUGGAGGCUUAUGCCCAAGAAAACGUGGUCUGCUCAAAGUUGGCAUCCCCAGGAGGCGUGAGUUGCCAGUGGGCAUGUAGACGGGCUCACCAUCAUGCUGUGGCAGGUGUUUCCAUUGGGUGUGGGGCCAGGGCUGAGGCCCCCGAGGGGCCAUGUGAGGCUGCCUGGCCAUUUGGGUCAAGAUGCUUUCUGCCCAUGCUUCACCUCCAGGAGCCCGCCAGCUGAGCUCCAUGCUUCCCUUUCUCAGCUACCACUGCCGAGAGAGACCCCUCCUCAGGGGCCGACCCUGGCAGUGGCUCACGGCUAACAAUUGGCACUAUUGAUUUUCCCAGUAUGUCAAAGUGCAUCUGUCUUUGUGAUCAACUGGUGUCCUCCAGACAGGCCAUGGUAGUUAAUCCUUUGAUUCAGACCAUCUCUAGUCCUCUGAUUGGCACCACACACAGUGCAGUGAUGCAGGUCUCUUCAGCUUUGUUGGAAAAUAGACUUCAUCUUGGAGCCAACUCCAGUGAUUGGCAUUGGCUGCCAAGAAUUCUGCACUGAGAAGAAUUCUGAUAAAUGAGUGAUGUUUGUGAUAAGUAUGGGGCAGGGGUUGUGGCAACAGUGCUGUGUGUUUCCCAACACUGCAUUAGACCAUGUCUUUCAUGGGGCUUUUGGAAUUGACGAAGACGAGACGACGACUACUUACUACUACUCUCCUCCUCCUCCUCCUCCUCCUCCUCCUCAAAUUAAAAAAACAAAACAAAAAACAAAGAUUCUGGAACUCCUAGAAAGGAGCAUAUAUGGAUGAGAAAAGCAGAAAUCUCCAAAAAACCCCACAUAAUUACUGAACCCUAAUCUAAUUCAUCUCAGACUUAUUUAAACAACAACAACAAAAAAAUGAGGGUGGAUUUAUUUGCUCAGGUAACUGAAAGGUCCAGGCACAUGCUUCAGGCACAGCUGGAUCUAGAGGUCAGGUAGUGUUCUCGGCAAUUCCCCUGUCUUUAGCUCCCAGCUUUGAUUCUCUCUGUGUUCCUUCAUCCUAACAGACUUCUCAUAAGGAGGAAACAUGGCCACCAGUAUCUCCAGCCAAAGUCUUGGAAUUGAGCCUGCUUUGGAUCCUAUGCCCAGUCUCCAGUCAGCCACUGGGAUCAAGGUGGGUGGGGAUGGGAAAUAGGCUAUAUCCCCAGCUUCUCAUGUGCCUGUCCCUGGAACCUGACUCUUAAGGACUGGGGAUGGAGAAAGGAUGGUUCCUCAAGGGAAGGCUGUGCUGCUAAUACCAGAGGAAUAGGGAAUAGAUCCUGGGCAGGAAAAUGCGGUGGUGAUCCACUCCAGAUUCCAUCGGAAUGACCUUGAGGACACAGGGGGUAUGGAGCAAGGUGGCUGAAAGAACUGGAAUGUUUUCCAGAAGUCCGUUUUGAGGCCACUGCUAGCCCUGGGACUAGAAGGCUUGGUGUUCUAGGCAGCCCAGUGAGGAUGCCUAUGUGUGGCUCUCCUAUAGCUGACUUCCAGGAAGUCAGAAGGGACCACAGAGCUUUCUGCAUCCAACCUGCUGAUAUCCAGAUGAGAAAACCAAGGGACAUAUAAGAAAAACUAUAAUUUAGUGAGAAACCGGGAUUAGAACCCACAUUGUCUAACUGCUGGGCCAAUGCUUCUUUUUCUUCAAGGUGCUUGCUAGAAACUUAGAGCUGAAGAAAGGAAUUCAAAGACACAGAAUUCCUUUAAGAACCCCUAUCUUUUCUCUCCUCCCAACGUUUUCUCUCUGUCUCUCCCCCCCCCCCCCCCCCGGCUUUUUUUGGCCAAUUAUUUGACGUCUUUGGGAGAUGCACUUCCAGACAGUAGUGUAGAGCAGAUGUUAAGAGUUUGGGUUCUGAAGCUGGAGAAACCUGUGGCCAAGCCUCCCAAGUUGAGGCUUCGCCAGCUGUAACUACAAACCCUCUGCACUUGUUUCGUCGUCUUCUGUAGUAGCAUCACCUGCCUCGUGGAGUCAUUAUGAGGACUGAGUUGAUGCCCCCAAAAUGUAGCCCUGCACUUGCACACUGCAGCACACAGGGGAGCCACUAUGUCACGGAAGUUCACUCGCUUGGUAUAGGAUGCUGAAGUAGGAGUGGGAAGCUGCUCUCUCCCCAUGACCUUCCAUGAGACUCUCCAAGCCCCAUCUUCUGUUCCCAUCACUUACUAAUUUGCUCCUAAGUAUCACGGGAAUGGAGGAAGGUGUUAGGUAGGAAGGGACUAGAAAGUCUAAUAAAUAAGUUACCCUUGAUUUUUCCAUAAACUUGGAUAGAAUUCUGUGCGGAGACCAGGAGAAAUGAAGUGGGUUCUCCUGCCAGUCAGAAAGGACAUGCUGCAAAACUUGUCAAACUUAAUGGUAUUUUUAAAAUGAACCAUUACCUAGAGCACUGACCACCAUCCCAAGAAACUGGGAUGCGGAGCAACUAGAACUCUUCCACACUGUUGAGGGGAAAGCAGAGUGGGACCACUUUGGAAAAGUUUGGCAGUUUAACAUCAGGUUAAAUACACACUUACCUACCAUACAACCUGGCGAUGCCACGCUUAGGAAUUCACCCUAGAGAAGAAAAGAUACAUGUUCACACAAAAACUUCUAUGUGAAUGUUAGUAGCAGCUUUACUCAUAAUCUUCAAAAACUAGUAACUUAAAUAUCCUUCUCCUGGAGAAUGAAAAACUGUGGUACAUGCAUCCAGUGAGAUAUUAUUUAGCUGUGAACAGGAGGCAACUCUUGACCCAUACAACAGGAUGAUUCAUGUUGCUAUCAUGUACCCCUGAUAUGAUGCAAUGGACAGGGAACUUCAUCUCUGUAGUAUUCUUUCCAAAACUCAUAACCUGGUCUAGUCAUAAGAAAAAUAUCAAACAAACUCAAAUUGAGUGACAUUCUACAAAAUGCCUGACCAGUGUAGCUCAAAAGUGUCAAGGUCAUGAAAAACAAGACCAAGAAACCACCACAGAUGGGAGGAAAUUAAGGAGACAUGAUGACCAAAUGCCAUUUGGGAUCAUGGAACAGAAAAAGACUAUUAGUGGGAAAAUGGAUGAAAUCCAAAAAAAAGUCUAUAGUUUCGUUGAUAGUAUCGUGCUAAUGUUAAUUUCCUAAUUUUGACUACUAUGUCAAAAUACUCUAGCUAUGUAAGAUGUUAACAUUAGCAGAAGCUGGGUGAGGAACUUUGUACUAUCUUUGCAACUUUUCUGUCAAUCUGUAAGUACUCCAAAAUAAAAAGGUUUUCUGCUUUAAAGGCUA